AUAUUAAUUAUGGAUAGAUCAUAUUGAAUCAAUUUUGGCCAUAAGAGGUAGUACUACUAUAUUAACAAAAUUUCAAUUUCAAAUAAUGUUUCCUUCGAGCUUCGAGAACAUUACACUGAGCAGCACCCUUUCAUGGUAGAGAUGAUUAUAAAGGGUCUGUUCAGGAGAUACGAAAGAUGGAAUCCAGUGCAUCCUACAUAUGGAGCCUUCUGGGGCAUGGGAAUAGGCGUUGGCUGUGGGGUGGGAUGGGGUCCUGGAUUUGGUCCUGAGGCUAUUGGUUAUGUUGGAGCUGGAUGUGGUGUUGGAUUCAGCGUUGGCUUCUCUCUGCUCGGCGUUGGCAUUGGUCUACCUGCCAAUUACAUUUACACAGGUCCUUACAAUGCAUUCACAGCUGCCAGAAGUGGUGCUAUUGAGAUGUCUCGAUCAACUGAUAUUCGAAGCAUGAGAAACAUUGUGGAAGAGAGUCGGUGUUACCUCGAUUCAAAUAUUGCUGGCUUCCAAGAAAGAGUGAUUCAGUCUUUUUCAAGCAUAAGGUUCAAAGAAUCAGUAGGGAAGGCGGUAGAUUCGUCUGAAAUGCCAAUCAAAAUGUCUUUUCCGGAUCAAUGCAUGGAUCGUCUAAAACAAGGCAUCAUUAGCUUAUUUCAUCCUUGCAAAGGUAUGCUUCAGAGUGCUCACAAAUGGAAGUAGUACUGUAUUACAGUUAAACCAUUAUUAGACUUUUCAUGCUACUUUGUUCUGAUUCCUUAAACAGUGUAAUAUCGGUGUCAUCAAAUGUGAUUAUUGACGGGGAAGGAACUUGAUCUACCCUUGGUCAAAAUGGUUAUUGGUUCGGAUUGGUGUGCAAUCUGCAACUAAGAUUGCUUUUUCAUUUUACAAUCAUAUCAACCACUUUUUUCCAACAUUGACCAUCUCCGACUGUUUUAUGUUACUAUGAUUGAAGAAGUACUCACCAAUUAUAUUCGUUUUUCAUGGAGCACAAAGUCAAUUCUAGACGACAUUUUGGUGAUAAAAGUGGGAAGAAGUAAAGAGUGUGUGUGGUGUGGGGGUAGAUGGCGGAUUAGAUAGGACGAGAAACAGGCCAUAACUCCUACUUCCCUAUGUAUGAAUCUUUUAUGUCAAGUUUGUUACAUUUAUUAGGUGUAAUCUGAAGCUAGAUAAUGAUAUCGAUGUUUUUGUCAACGUUUUAGAUUGAACAUGAGCACUGUUUCCUUCAUGACUUGUUCGGGGAUCGUUGAACAUGAUUACUGUUUCCUUCUGGUUCA